AGGCGGGAGAGGGUGUUCGGUGCCCGUGGGGCCGUGAGGGGCUCGGGGCUUUCUCGGGACGCUGUGUGCGGGCAAACUGAGGAGAUCCAUCUCUGUUGAAGGCUCUCUAAGUAGAAUUUCUACUAAAAACAAGAGUGUGUUCAUAAUCUGGAGUUAUGUACAGUGAUCAUUAGAUUAUAUGGUGAGAAAUAAAUGAAUCACAGCCAUGAAGAAACUAUGAAGAAAACCAGCGUGGUGAACCUUGAUAAACUUUUAGUUAACUUCUCAGAGAUAGAAAAAAAAAUAUCAGAAAUUAAUGAAGCAAAUAACUUACUGGUUCUUCAGCUGGAAAAAUGUAACAGGCUAUUAACAUUAAGUCAAUCAAAAGAAGAAUCAGCAAAAGAAGAAUGUACUACUCUACAGAAUGUGAUAAAAGGUCUAACACAAACCAUUGAAAACCAGUGUAACGUGAAAGAUGAAAAUGAUAGACUGAAGGAUACCAUUCACAUCUUGGAAGAGAAAUUAAAGGUUUGUGAACAGGAAUAUAAAGAUGAGAUUGAGAAACUUAUGACAGAAAUUAAAAACAAAGAGGAAGACCACAAAUUGGAAAUAACACAGUUGAAUUGUGACAUAAGAAAACAAUUUGAAUUAAAAGAAGAGGAGUAUAGAGAACAGAGAGAGAAAAAAGAACUGGAAAUAUUAGAACUAACUAGACAGCUGAAAAUUCAAAAUGAAGAAAAGCAGAAUGAAAUAAUUAAACUGCAGAUAGAGUUCAAUGCUAAAUUAGCAAGAGUUCAGAAUAAAACAACAAAAUCAUUUUCAGAUGCUUCUGUCUUGCCACAAAGUAUCUAUCGAAGGAAACUCCAGCAUCUGCAGGAGGAGAAAAACAAGGAAAUUGAAAUUCUCCGAAACACCAUAAAAGACUUAGAGCAACGUCUUAAUAAAGGCCAAGACCUGCACCUCAAACGGAGGCGAUUUUGAGUAAAUAAUACAAAGUACUUCAGUGGUACAUACAAUGAGAAAUAGAACAUUAUAUUUAAAACUGUGCACCGCGAAGUAAAAACAAGCUCUGAAUACAGAAUAUUUUUAUUUGAAAACGUUCUUGCCAAAUAUUCCAAAGACAUGCAUUCUGUUUAUAUUCAAGGCUACUUUCUUGCUUUUCAGUGUUCACAAUAAAGAGAUUCAGGUUUUGUAGGAGUAAUAAUUUCCCUAUUAAACCAUCAUUAAUUAUGGUGUACACUUUCAAAGCAGUUUUCUUUUCUUGAAUAUUCUCUUCUUCAUUCAGGAAUCCUUCAGACAACUAUGUUUUUACUUCAACUCAGUUAAUCAAAGGUUAGGAACGCUAAGGUACAGACA